CAGUGGGGGAUCAUGCAUGGCCGAGCGAGCGCUGCUCUGACAUGGGUUGAUUUCUUCAUGCUGAACUACACGACUUUCCACCGCUCCUGCUUAUAUUUGCCUCGUUUCAAGCGACACUUAGAAAUAUUUGUGUCCAUGCUAAGGAUUUUAUGAACUCGUUUUUUUGCCACGGCACAUUUGAACGACUCCGGUUCAAGGAAAGAGCUGCUCCUAGUUCUUCAGCGGUUGUUCAGCCGUGACAAUACAGCUACAGCGCCGACGACACGGACACACAGCCGCGCGAGUAAAGGAAGAUGUGGCACUGUCUGUAGCUGGUUCUGUGGAGUUAAUUAUUAUUCAAAUGUUCUAUAAACAUUUCAGAGCAUAUUUAUGCAUGGACCACGCUGUUAUUAACUUGAAAAUCAACAAUUCAACGCUGCGUAGGCCUAUGGUUACAGAAACUAUUGGUGCCCAAAGAAGAGUUGAUCCGAGAGAAUAAUUAUUCAUUUGUGUAGGCUGUGGUAGACCGACUACAGGAGAAAACUAUUAUAAAGCUAAAAAUUCAUGUUUAUAAUAUCUGUGACAUCCCACAUCUUCUGCGGUCGAAGAGGAUGCUCUUGUUGCCAUGAAUACACGACAAAAACAAUGACUGAAAUAGUCUCUUUUAAAUGGAUCCUCAACUAAUUAAUAAUCAAGACAUUUGCCCACCAAUUGCAAUAAUUUUUAUUCCACAAACUGCCAUUGCUUUUUUUUACUGAAUGAAAAAACAACUUUUUUACAAAUGUCAAUUCAAGCCUCAGCACAAUAACUGCCUCGUGAAAUAAUCAAAUCAAUGCGUUAUACUCGAGCAGUCAACUAAGACAUAAGGCAAUUAUAAUUUAAAAGCCUUCAGAUGUGAAUCUAAUUUCACUCUGUUCAUUUGAAGAAUUCUACCGCGCCAGACGCUGCAUCGAGAGGGACUUUGACGUGUCCAGGUUCGGGAGCCAUGCCGCAGAUGGAAAUGAUCCUAUGCGUUUCGCUGGUGUUAUGGACGUGUGUCUACGGCCAAGAGCCGGUCUCCAAGGUGGUGUCCGACCGCUAUGCGGUCUACUGGAACCGGACCAACCCCAGGUUCUACCGGGGUGACUACCACAUCGACGUGUGUAUAAACGACUACCUGGACGUCUUCUGUCCCCACUACCUGGACUCUGUCCCAGAGGAGCGGACAGAGCACUACGUCCUCUACAUGGUCAACUACGACGGCUACAGCUCCUGUGACCACACGGCCAAGGGCUUCAAACGCUGGGAGUGUAACAGGCCCCACUCCCCAAACGGACCUCUGAAGUUCUCCGAGAAGUUCCAGCUCUUCACCCCCUUCUCUCUGGGCUUCGAGUUCCGCCCCGGCAGAGAGUACUACUACAUCUCUUCCACCAUUGCUGACAAUGGAAGGAGAAGUUGCCUACGACUGAAGGUGUUCGUCAGACCAGCAAGUAAAUACAAUUGUGUGAAAACUGUCAGUGUUCACGAUCGGGUCUUUGACGUCAAUGAGAGAGUGGACAAUUCCCUAGAACCAAGAGAUGACACCAGCCACGAGUCAGCUGAGCCAUCCCGAGGUGACGUCAACUCCGUGGGCCGGGUUCAGACCGCCGGCCUGCUGGUGACCUCCUCCCUGCUUCUCCUGGCGGCCAUCUUGUCUUCAUAGCGCCCAGCCUGAGGGUUUUAGACAGAGCGGAGUGGACCGCCCUGACUGGACCACAGGCCCCCCACAACCCCCAAGGAGCACUUUUUAACAGACAGUCUCUCUCAGUGCAAGGGAGAGGAGAGACUUAUAAGUGGAAGUCCUUUUUAUAAACGUUGCUUUGGGGAGUUAAGAUGCCAAAAGCCUUUUUGUCAUUUUACUUUCCUGUGAAUUUUGAUAUUUGAAGGCCAUGGUAUGCCGUUGAAUUUGCUCUCCCCACACCCUCUCACACACUAACACAUGCUCUCUCUCUCUCUCUCUCUCUCUCUCUCUCUCUCUCUCUCUCUCUCUCUCUCUCUCUCUCUCUCUCUCUCUCUCUCUCUCUCUCUCUCUCUCUCUCUCUCUCUCUCUCGCCCGCCCUCCUCUGUAGCCACACCAAACAUUUUGCAAGAUUAAACUACGGAACAAAAACAUUUUCCAAACCCCCAAAUGACUUUGAUUGAGAAUAUGAUGAAGUCAUGUGGCAAAUGACAAUUGAUCGUUUGAAGAAGGCUUGUGACUGAUCAGAUCAGCCAAUCAAAUGAGGCCAAGGUAUACUGGCCAAUAAAAUGAGGACAAGGCAUGCUGGCCAAUCAACGGUGAAACGAGGAUCCAAAGCCAUGGUUGUAGCUUGGAGAAAUCCUGUUGCCAAGCGGAGGGUUGUCUGUUGUUUUCUUUCCUUUGAAGAGUCCAUUAGAAGUUCCUCUCAGGUGAUGGGGGUUGGAUUCAAUGACUCAGAGACUGGGAGAGGAUGUUUGAGAUUAACCGGAGAAAAUAAGCCCCCAUGUUUAGUACUUUCUGUCCUUUUAGGGGAAUUAGUGAUUGAUUAAUGUAUUUUUGAAAUAAAUCACAUAAUUCAAGUUGAGCAGCCAACACGGGUGUAUAUUUGCGAGGAGCGUGGGAGCUGAUAUGGUAUUUUGUCAGGCAAAUGUAUUUUCCUAUUUAUUCUUGAGUCCUCGUGCUCUGUCCCUUUUCUGAUGACUGUCCUGGUUCUGUCACUGUAACUACAGCAGAGAGAAGCCCAAAACAUCCCACCACGAAAAAGCAUCAGUCUCUCUUUUUGUUUAAGACAGGUAUGCUUAUAUUUCAUUACUCGUACACAUUAAAUUUCUGGGCUUGGACUCAAAAUGUAAUUGAAUUGGAUUGUUUUUUAUCCAGCUGAGUUCAGGGAAGAGGACAGAGAGUCGCUUGUUGUAUCAGAGGGUGUAGGAAUGUGAGUUAUAACUGUGAUCUUCUCUGUAACAGUAAACACAAACUAUAUGCGUACUAACAAGUCAGCCCAUAUUACAAUCCACUACUUCAUUUGGAAACAUUGUCAUAACCUUUACCAAACUACAUUUACGUUUAUAAACACAAGGUACAGGGAGGACACCAUUCUGUAGCUAACACGAUUAGUUUCAAUUAUGUUUUUAGUAGUAUUCUUGGGUUCUGCCAGGCAAACAGCACACACUUGCAUUGAUAUUGAUAUUGAUAGGUUAGCGACUAUGCAGUGAUGAUCCACCCACACGUCCCCGCAGUUCUCCUAACUUUGCAGGAAGGUUGUGGUAACGUUGUGGACAUAAGGUUCCUCUAUAGCAGCUGCAGCUCUGGUAUGAUUUAGCCGUGUCUUUGAUGUCGUGUGGAGCAGCGUCCUUGCAGACCACAUGCUGGGUGGCCAUGCGUUGGUUAUUUCUGGAAUGGAAAAAGAAAAGACCACCAGGAGAGAGAGGGAGAGAGGUGUCCUGUUCAGUCUCUGGAUAGGUUCCCUAGUAGGGGCGAGAGAGGUGUCCUGUUCAGUCUCUGGAUAGGUUCCCUAGCAGGGGCGAGAGAGGUGUCCUGUUCAGUCUCUGGAUAGGUUCCCUAGUAGGGGCGAGAGAGGUGUCCUGUUCAGUCUCUGGAUAGGUUCACUAGCAGGGGCGAGAGAGGUGUCCUGUUCAGUCUCUGGAUAGGUUCCCUAGCAGGGGCGAGAGAGGUGUCCUGUUCAGUCUCUGGAUAGGUUCCCUAGCAGGGGCGAGAGAGGUGUCCUGUUCAGUCUCUGGAUAGGUUCACUAGUAGGGGCGAGAGAGGUGUCCUGUUCAGUCUCUGGAUAGGUUCACUAGUAGGGGCGAGAGAGGUAUCCUGUUCAGUCUCUGGAUAGGUUCCCUGGCAGGGGCGAGAGAGGUGUCCUGUUCAGUGUCUGGAUAGGUUCACUAGCAGGGGAGAGAGAGGUGUCCUGUUCAGUCUCUGGAUAGGUUCACCAGCAGCGGUGAGAGAGGUGUCCUGUUCAGUCUCUGGAUAGGUUCCCUAGCAGCGGUGAGAGAGGUGUCCUGUUCAGUCUCUGGAUAGGUUCACUAGCAGGGGAGAGAGAGGUGUCCUGUUCAGCCCAGUGGACCGGAGUGAGUGAUGAGGUGAGAGAGAGACCCCAGCUGAGAUCAAUAGAAAUCGGCUUCUCAAACCCAGGAACACUUGGUAAAUAUUUCCCUCAGUCCCUUCACUUACUUAUACACAGUCUAUUUAGUGUACUGACACUCACCCACCUCCUUUGUAAAGGGUCGAAUGGUCUAUCAGUGAGAAAUACAUUUAGCCUCUGCCUCUGUAGGCUGUCAUUGUGGGAUUCAGUUUGACCAAAUCUGUAGAUAGGAAAAGUCUAAAUUCAUUGUCACCGACAUUCACUUCGGGGACCAUUGGGAAAUACGGAUCACCUUGUUUUAUGGGUACUGUGUAUCCAGCUGUAGGCUAAUAGAACGUACAGUGUUAGAGCAGUGAUUCUCACACUUCUUUGAGGGGCAACCAGAGUUAAGGGAGACAUUGUUAAUGUUGUUGGUGAGAAAAAUUUAAAUGUUUGAUAUAAAAAAAACGGUUGGUUUCAUUUCUAAAUGUCUUUUUGUAUGAGAAACAUGAUCAAUGUUACAGUCUAUAUCUGUCAAUUCUGAAUCCACCGUGCAGUUAGCAUUAUGUGUAAGCGUCUCAAAUAUCAACUGUGCAGUGUGUGUGUGUGCGUGUGUGUGCGUGUGUGUGCGUGUGUGUGUGUGUGGAGGUUGAAGUUAAGGUCUCUGCUAUUGGAAGUGCACUAUAUCCAUCCAUGCCCAUUCCAAGAACCAGACCACACUCCUAUCGCUCUCCCCUUUUGACCAGACCUUUACUUAGUAGUAUUUUCAUCUGGAAUGUGGUUUAGGUGCCUGAUGUUUUGAGUUCUUGUACCUGCUUAGUUUGUCUGUGGUCUCUCCAAUGGUUUCAGAUGAAGCUUCAGUAGUCAGUAGCACCAUGUUGUUGUACCUGAAUUCAGGAGAUGGAAUGUCCAUUUUUUUGUAAAGCUUGUUGAGUGCUGGUUUUCUGUGCAUAUCACAAUGUCCUAAAUCAGUUAACUGUAAUUUUCUAUUCAACCGUUGAUGUAGAGUAUUAGAUGCAGUUUUGUUACAGGGUGAACAGGGAGUCUGAUUGGAGGAGCUCUUCACCUGAAUUUGGUACCUGUUACUGUAGCCAUUUAGCCUGAACCUAAUGUCACUGUGCCCUCCUAUGUACCCUGUCCUACUUUAUGUAUCUGUCCCCUGUCCUCUGUCCCUGUCUUCUGUGCUCUGUCCAUGUCCCCUGUCCCUGGCCUCUGUCCAUGUCCCCUGGCCUCUGUCCCUGGCCUCUGUCCAUGUCCCCUGUCCCUGGCCUCUGUCCAUGUCCCCUGGUCUCUGUCCCUGUCCCCUGGCCUCUGUCCAUGUCCCCUGGCCUCUGUCCAUGUCCCCUGGCCUCUGUCCAUGUCCCCUGUCCUCUUGUCCCAGACCUAUUGUCCUCACCUCCCCAGACCGUUGUAACUCCUCCCUCUCUUCCUGGUCUAACUCGCUUCACCAGAUUUUUCUGCAAAUGUAUUUCAUACGAAGGCCAUUAUUUGUAAAUACACAUGUUGGAGCAGCUGUGACUAACUACAACAACAAAAAAUGAUUUAAUAAAAGUUGUUUGUCAUUGUC